GGAAAAUUCACAUGUGCUUUUCUUCUUCUUCUUCUGUGUUUGUGCGAGAGAUUUUUGCAAUUUCUGUGAUUUUUCUUCAAUUUUAGAGACAAUAAAAAUCAAUGAAAGUGAAAAGUAAAAUGAAAUCCAAGGGAACCAAGAAAAUUGUCAAGAAGAAGACCAAGAAGACGACUUCUUCAGCUAAAAUGGAUUUGGAUAGUUUUCUUGAGACAAUGGAAAAUUCUUCGGGUGAUGAGGAGAAACCCGGAAAGCUUGUAAGGGUGAAGAAGGCAAAUCAGGAAGAAAGCGAUUCCGGGGAUGAUGAGAAUGUGCAGGAUGACAUUGAAUCAAUGAAGAAACUAAAAGAAAUUGAUCCCGAAUUCUACAAAUACCUUCAGGAUAAUGAUAAAGAUCUCCUGAAUUUCAAUGCUGAUGACAUCCUGUCGGAUGAUGAAAGAAUGACGGGAGAUGAUGCUGCAGCGGAAUCAGAUGAAGAUGAAGGGAGCACUGCAAUGGAAGGAAAGUUUCAAGUGGCGAGUGAUGAGAGUGACUUUGAGGAUGAUGAUGCUGCACCAGAGGGGGAGGAGGAUAGGGAAGAUGAGAACGAUGAAAAAGGCGUCAUCACGCUCAAGAUGCUGAAAGGCUUCGAAGUAAAACUAAGGGAGGAUCGUGUUUCAGCGGAAACAAUCCGAAAAGUCAUUCAGGCCUUUAAUUCUGCCCUCAGGAGUAUAUCACCGGAUGUGAAAUCCUCAUCGGAGUAUCACGUCAAAGGUAGCGGGGUAUUCAAUGGUGUCAUUCAGCUGUGUGUUCUGCACCUCCAUUCAGCUGUAUGGCGCUUCCUUGGGCUAACAGAACGGAAGAACAUUAAAGAUUUGCACAAAGUGAAGAAAUGGACAAAAGUACGUACACCCAUGAGGAGCUACGUGACGGAUCUCACGCAUAUUCUCGAGAAUGUCUCCUCAACGGAUAUUUUAACGGUCCUGCUUAAGCAUCUGCAUCAAAUGGUGCCGGCUGUUGUGGCUGUUCAUGGAGCAUCAAAGUCCGUUCUGAAGCGCUUGGUAGCACUGUGGGCAACCUCUCCCGAGGAGACUGUUCGCGUUCUCGCCUUUUUGUGCAUCAUCAAGCUGACACGGGCGCAACAGCAGCAAUUCCUCAGCACUGUCCUCAAAGUGAUGUACUUGUCAUUCGUCCGGAAUGCACGUUUUGUCUCCCCAACAACACUUCCGGGGAUUAAUUUUAUGCGUCGCUCCCUUGCUGAGAUGUUCACCCUGGACACUGAGUGCUCAUACCAGCAUGCCUUCCUCUACAUCCGGCAACUUGCCAUUCAUCUGCGAAAUGCUGUGACACUCAAGCGCAAAGAGAGCUACCAAGCUGUCUACAAUUGGCAAUUUGUGAAUGCUCUAAAGCUCUGGGGGGAUGUUUUGGGUGCAACGGUGAAUACCGAGCUGAGUGCCCUAAUCUAUCCGCUCGUAACAAUAAUUCAGGGUGUGAUAAAGCUCAUCCCAACAGCUCAGUGGUUUCCCCUACGCUUCCACUGCAUCCGCGUCCUGAUAAAUCUCACAAAGAGCACCCGGAUCUUCAUCCCCGUCUUACCAUUUGUCCUGGAAAUCCUUCAAUCUGCAACAUUCAACAAGAAGCACACACAAAUCUCCCUCAAUGCCAUGCCAUUCACGUGCAUCCUCCGUUGUACGCGACCACAGCUGGAGGAACUCUCCUUCCGCACUCAGGUCACUGAGAAUAUCUUCUCCACUGCACUGGAAUACCUUGCUGCUGAAUCGUACAGCUUAACCUUCCCGGAUCUCGUGGUUCCGGCAAUAGUGAAUCUGAAGCAGUACCUUAAGACGUGCCAAGUGGCGGCGACAAGUAGAAAAUUGAAGCAACUCCUUGACCUAAUCAUUGACAACUCCCGCAUAAUAGAAGCGGAACGGAUGAAGAUAAAUUUCUCCCUUCGCGAUGCUGCACUCAUACAGAGUUGGGAGACACAGAUGGAGAAUAAUGGUAUACCCCUGCUGACAUUCUACACAAAUUGGGUGAAGACGAAUGACCUGAAGAAGCGUCGGGAAGCCAACAACACCGAUGAAAUUGCCGAUUUCCACCUGCCCAAGCUCAAGAAGAGAACACCGCAGGAGAUGAAUGUAAAAGCAGGAGGUUCAAUGGAUCUCCUACCAUCGGAUAGUGAAGAUGACGAAGAAGAGCUAGAGCUUGAGAAGCCUAUACCUAAGAAAAUUAAAAUCACUAAAGAAGAGAAAGGGAAGAAAUUCAUCAAAAAGGAAGACAACGUUGAAGAAGAGCCUUCAACGUCUGCGGCAGGGCCCCUUGAUGUUGUUGAGGAUUUAGAUAUUGCCGAUUGGCUUUCUUAAUUGAAAAAGAAAAAUGGAUUAUUUUAAUAAAUUCUUUAUCAUUUGAA